AAGAUCAUCAUGUUCGUUUUGAUGCGCUUCCUAUCGAAGGACAGGUAUUUCCAAUGAUUCAAAAUGAGGGCAUCGUGGCACUGACAUUGAUUUGCUCGAUGCAUCCGGCAUCUACUUCAAAGAUUAUCCGAUUCAAUGCAUCUUUGAUACCAACCUUGUUUCAAAUACUUAAAAGCGGUUUAGCAGCUUAUACACCAACUGAUUCCGAGGUGAAACUCUCUCAACCACUUUCUAUGGACCGGUCCACAAGUACCUCACCUCGAUCUUCUGUUCUGACUGAGCCAACCGUAUAUUCUCUUCAAACAAAGACCAACGUUUGUUUAUUGCUACGCACCCUUAUGGCCACUGAGCCAGAUUUUGUUACACGCAUUGCACCUCACCUUAAACCUCUCAUUCAAGUAUUGAUGGAUAACGAAAAUGCAGAAAAAUCCAUUGAUGUGCUUGCUUCUGAAGCUGCAGCAUUGUCCCCAAAGCACACCGGUGAUGAUAUGAUCGUGGAUGAUGCUCAUGUGCAGGUGAAGGAGAUGUUAACUCGAACUAGUACGUUUAGUGCAAAAGGUUUGACUAUGGGCGUACCUACACGCCAAAAGCUUCUUGAGCAGUAUUCUGGAUCGUUGGAUCUAAAUGACCCGGUCUUUCCAUUUAAAGAAGUAUUGAAGCAGUUGAUGGAUAUUUUGCCUUGAAAGUCUCGGUUCAUCAAGAUUGGUUUUUGAAAAUAAAGAAUUGCUUGACGUUUUAUAAAUG